AUGAACAAGCGCAAAGAACUCUAUUCUUUUGUUCCGCAAGAGAUCACUAGGCAUUUUAUUGAAUCCAACACAAGACCAUCAGAUCCAGCUAAUGACGCUCAUGCGACAUCCAUCGCCACCACGACAGCCAUUCCUGCUACUAUUCUAUUGAAUCAAGACAUUGACACUUCGUCCUCCUCUUCAUCACUAUCAACAAACCAAGAAGACGACGACGACGACGACGACGACGACGACAAUGCAGAGCAAGAUGAAGCGACAUUGUAUGAAUAUGAGUAUGACUACAGUGAUGAAGACGACUCGACGCUAUGUGAUUCUUGCUCUAUACAAGACAGCAAUAGGAGUAUAGAAGAACAUCAAGGCUCGGAUUUAGAAGUAUCUCAACCACAGAAGCUGUCGUUCAUGCGUGGACUCUUCUCCAAAUUGAGACUCCAUAGCGACAACCAGCAAUCAUCGCCACAGCAGCACCAAGAAUUUGGAGAUGCUUCACCCUACUUGAGCACCUAUGGCACGUUGAUCAACAAACGCAUCGGAGCAGGCGUAUCAGCCACCGUACAGCUAGCCCAUCGACAACAAGAUGAUGCCGUGUUUGCUGUCAAGAUAUUUCGAAAACGCAAAAGAAGAGAGACAUUGACUGGGUAUAUGAAGGCAUUAGCUGGCGAGUUUUGUAUCGCAUCUGCUCUGAACCAUAAAAAUAUUAUUAAAACCUUGGACUUUGUGCGCAUGGACCAUGACCAUGAACGAUACUGCAUUGUGAUGGAGUUUUGCCCAGAAGGCGACAUGUAUUCUCUCAUCAAGCAAGGCAAAUUACAAGACGACAGGAUUUACGCUUAUUUUAAACAGUUGCUGCUUGGUCUCAACUACCUUCACUCACUGGGUGUUGCACAUCGAGACUUGAAACCAGAAAACUUGCUGGUGCACAAGGGAGUACUCAAGAUAUCUGAUUUUGGAUCUGCGGAUGUGUUUCGAGUAGCCUGGCAAGAGCAUAGCCGACUCUCGGAUGGACUCUGCGGCACCACACCCUACAUGGCACCUGAAAUCUUCUUGGAUCAAGGCUACUGGGCAGCACCUGUGGAUGUAUGGGCUGCAGGUAUCAUUCUAUUUUGCAUGAAAUUCGACGGUGUUCCCUUUGGAUCCGCCUUGUUGACAGACACCAAUUAUCCCAUCUAUCUACGUAAACGGCCGUUACGACAAUAUGACCCAUUCAACAAGCUGGCAAAAGAGCCUCGUACGCUCAUGUACGCCAUGUUGAAUCCUGAUUGUAAUAGACGUAUUACCGUGCAAGAUGUGCUGAAUAUGCCUUGGAUGCAAACGAUUGUAUUGCCAUGA